AUGUCGACCUCUCCGUUUGCUUCACAUUCUCAAAAUGUCUUCCUCCGAUGCCGUUGUUGCGUAAUCCGCCGUACGGAUUGUUUCUGCCGGAGGAGUAAGGUGGCUGACGAGGUGGCGGUUGAUUUGCACCACCGUUACUUUGACCUUAAAGAUCUGUUUCUUUUAGUUUUUGAUAUACUUUUUUGUUUCUACAUAAAUCAGGAGAAAGAAGCCAAUAAAAAAGCUUUGAGGAAGUAUUUAGAGUUAGUGGAGUUCUUCACCAAAGUUCUGGUUGCUUUGUAUGAGCAGAAUGACAAGCCUUCCUCUGCUUUAGAAUUCAUCCAGCAAAAGCUAGGAGGUCCUUCAGUUUCUGAUUACAAGAAGCUUCAAUCUGAGAAGUCUGACCUUCAAAUAAAGGACAAUGAGGUUUUUGCUAAACAUCAAGGAACGUUGAGAGAGAAUUUCUAUAUGAUUGGUUGGAAUGGUAAUGGAGUAUAUAGAGUACUAAAGAUAGACCAGCUUGAUGCGUCUGAGCUUAACCUCAGUGAGGAUUUCACUGCCUAUACCAAAAAAGAAUGCUACGAGCUGCUUAAACGGAUACACAAAGAAAACAAGGCCACAGGCGGCCUCAAAUUUGUCACUCUCUGUUAUGGCAUCAUUGGAUUCAUUAAGUUUUUGGGACCAUACUACAUGCUGGUUAUCACUUAGAGAAGAGAGAUAGGCCAAAUUUGUGGUCACAGGGUGUAUGAAGUCUCCAAGAGUGAGAUCAUUUCUUUGCGAAAUUCUAGCGUAAUUUGCAACAUUUCAAAUUCAAGAGAUGAGAACAGGUGUUUUUAUAUAUCUUUUACUAUUUUUUUCCCUUUUUUUGUCUGUCCCAAGCUUAUUGUCGAAGAAAGUUUCUGUUUUUCUUUUCUGUUUGGUGAAAAGAGAGUGAGUUACAUGUGUUCAUUUAUUAUACCCUUCCACCUUUUUAUGAACUCAAGUCAUUUAACCCUUGCGUUUCUUUAUCUGGUGUUGAUAAACAGGUACAAGAGGUUCCUGUGUAGCUCCUGUGUAUGGUGGACCUUACAAAAGACUUCUUUUUCAGCUAUUCUUUCAAUAUAAUGUGUAGUUUCCAAAAGAAUAUAUGUGUGUGAUGUGACCAUGAAAGUGGUGGUGCUCUCUAUAAGAAAAUGUUUGCUUGGAACGAGUUCUUGACUCGGGGAAUUCGAAAUCAUCUCCGGAAUACCGUGUGAACUGUAGAGCAUUGAUGUAUGGUUUCUUUAACCAGUUAAGAAUCGUAUGUUUUUUCUACCCCCCACUGCCAAAGAAAAGAAAGUCUUCCCUGAAUCAAAUGCAUAUCCCUUUUCUUUUCUCACAGCAGUAGUUUUGUUAUUUGUAUACCAUUUUCUUCUGGGCUACAAUAUUGCUUCCCUAUAUCAUGUUUUGUCCACUGAAACCUGCAACCCGACCAUUUUCACAAAACAGUGCAGCUGUUUUACAGAUUUUGAGUGUUUUUAACUUGAGGUUUGAUGUUGUUUUGAUGGUAGGAUGAUACAUCCUGGAAAAGGACUUCCUUCAGAGAUACUAAGUGAUAUGUUUGAGACACGAGAUUGAUGGGUCACACCUGAUGGCUUAGGACUUAAGCUUUCACGGAAACUGCUGGAGCAGAUGAAUGGUAGUGUGAGUUUUGUUAGAGAAGACGAACGUUGUUUCUUUCAAGUGGAUCUUCAAGUUAAGACAAGGUUAGGUGUUGAGACCAGAGGAACAGAGGCUGAUUCAAGCAUACAAUAGAGAUUAUGAGUCCCAAAGGCAUAUAGAUAAUAAAAUUUGAUGAAUUGUGCUCCUUUUAUGGUCUGAAUGUGUUGUCAUUCAAAGUUUCCAUUAUUUAUUUAUCAAUAAGAUGUAUCUUAGUCAUUUAUAUAGUAGGAUGAUUAAGUAAACCAAGAAAAAGAAAAAACAAACCAUAACCCAAUUUACAGUACUUUGAGUCACUGACCAUCAUUAUCAAUUUAUCUAUCAUCAUCAUAUCUUCCUAAACUGAAUAUUUACGUUUGAACAAAAGGCAGUAAAGGGUUCGUUUGCAUGUCAGCUUCAAUGUGUGCUUUCACCGGUAAGAGGAUGAGCAACUUGUGAAUGCUCCAUGACCAAACCCGCUUUCCUUCAUCAAAGAACAUGGAACAUGCCCAUUUUAAUUUUAUUUAAAACUAUGGAUUUAAGUUUUACAUAUUUUAACGUUAAGUCCAUUACAGCCAAACAAAAUAUUGAACAUAAACUUUGUUUUUCUUUUUCCAAACAGAGUAGAAUUUUAUUGAUCUUUAAAACACACAAAUUCAUGUGCCUUUUGCUGAAGUCGAUAGUACAAGAAAAGUGAAUUUGACAAUUCUUCACAAAAUGAAAAUUUAUUAUAAACAACUCCAACAAAACAAACAAAUCACUCCACAAUACUUCCUAUUACUUUAUCAAAGUAUUUCAAACACGUCUAAUUGUCAAUGACCCCGCGAAAGUAUUACAAACACGUCUAUUGUCAAUAAAAGCAGCUAAAUUGGAGCUUUUUUAGAGGUGUUAUAUAGGCAAAAAAAUUGAGAACCAACUAAUCUGCCAUGUCAUUCUGGACUGGUUUGAAAGACAAACCUUCGCAGCCCAUUAUUACUAAAUUUCGGAGCCUAUUUACACCAUUCUCAGCAUUUCAUUUUAACAGCUUAUUAUUACUCAGAUACUAAAGGCCCUAACCCAUUAUUACUCAUAUACUAAAGACCCUAAAACAUAAUCCCUAACCCAUUAAUACUAAAAGCCCUAAAACAUAUAAUUCUCUAAAAACUAAAGAUCACUCAUCCUCACCCUAGCCCUAAUCACCGACUCCAUCUCAUCGUGAUUCUCUUCCUCUUCAUCUCAUCUUCAACUUAAAUAUUAUCAUUUUUGAAUGAAAACAUUAUUAUUAUUGAAAUAUUAAUUAUUUAUCCAAAACUCUAAUAAACAAAAUAUACAAGUUGUUAAUGCACUCUAUUGUUUGCAAAGAAGCUUUUCAUAUUAUUUCCCUUUUUCAUUUAAUGCACAAAUACAAGUGUAGAUUUUUCUUUUCUCUAGAAGAUGUUUUUUAAUUUAACAUACAAAUUAUGAACCGUUUGACCAUGUUUAUCAUAAAUUUGGUUUUAUAUAUAUUUUUAGUUUUAAUAUAUUCUUCAUUAUUUACAUCUUAUUAGUUUUAAACCAUACAAAAAAACAUAUAUUAAUUGCAUAUUUUAAAACUUACUUUAUAUUUUAAAACGAUUAAAGUCACAAUGACCAAUUAUUUUCCAGCACCACCAAAAACUCAAAAAACCCUAUACAACCGAAAUUUUAUUUUCAUAUAUUAUUAAAUUUUAUUUGUUUAUAAUAUGUUUUAAAAAGAAACCAAAAAAAAAUUGUGAUAAAGAAGGAAAGUUUUGAUAGAAUAACCAAAAUUUUUCAUUUAAUAGGUAAAAUGAUCCUUAUACCCUAGAUAUAUAAAAUUUAAUGAAAAAUA